AAACCAAUUUAGUCGGUACAAAAUCAUGGACAAAUUAUGUAAGUCCACUUAAUAAUUACUCCAAAAUACACCCUUAUAAUCAUAAAAAAAAACAACAAACCCCACAAUUAUUAUAUCUAAACACAAGCCAAUAUUAACAACCACUAAUUAAAUCAAUCAACUCGUCAAGUUUUCCAUUUUUUUAUAUCAAAAAUAUACAUUGUAAUUUGUACAAAUAUUUCCGGGUAAAACCAAAGUCAAUACGAGCCAUGUCAUUGCGCAAUGGAAAUUGCAACAAAUAAAUAAAUAAAAAUGACGUUUAUACACGUCAAGCAACAACGAUCGAGAAAAUUAACUUGAUUGCAGUGUAAAAAAAUGAAUAAAAAAAGAAAAAAAAAAAUUAUUGCGAUAGUAAUAAGUAGUGGGGUUUCGGUUAGAUAAACGUCAAGUUUUUUUUUUUUUUUUAUACACUUUUUUCGAUGCAGCAUGUGUGGUUGUUGUUGGUGUUGUUCAGCCUUGAGGCCAAGGUACAAGAGGCUAGUUGACAAUAUAUUUCCAGUAAAUCCUCAGGAUGGACUGGUUAAAAACAACAUGGAAAAAUUAACGUUCUACUCAUUGAGUAGUCCAGAAAAAUUAGAUAGAAUUGGUGAAUAUUUAUUUCAACGUGCAUCACGUGAUAUUAACAGACAUAGAAAUGGAUUUGUUAUAAUUGCCAUGGAAGCUAUGGAUCAACUUUUAUUGGCAUGUCAUGCACAGACACUUAAUUUAUUUGUUGAAAGUUUUUUAAAAAUGAUACAGAAAUUAUUGGAGUCUUCAGAUUCACAAUUACAAAUUAUGGCAACACAAUCAUUUGUCAGAUUUGCCAACAUCGAAGAGGAUACGCCGUCUUAUCACACAAGUUACGAUUUCUUUGUAUCAAAAUACUCUUCAAUGUGUCACUCCAACGACGACAACUUGGCAAUUCGCAAGCAGAUUCGACUCGCCGGGAUACAGGGAUUGCAGGGUGUCGUAAGAAAAACAUUAUCUGAUGAUUUAGUAGAAAAUAUUUGGGAAUCUGUACAUAUGGAUAAAAUAGUACCAUCAUUACUUUACAAUAUGCAAAAUGCAAGAUAUGCUGAUAAAGAAAAUACAACUCCAGAAAGUCCAACAGAAGAACGUUCUGAUCCUCCACAAUUUGCUGAAACAUGUAUGCGUGAAUUAGUUGGUCGUGCAUCAUUUGGACAUAUUCGUUGUGUCAUUAGUCCAGUACUGCAACAUCUUGAUAAUCAUGAUUUAUGGGUACCAAAUUAUUUUGCAAUUCAUACAUUCAGAAUAAUAAUGUUUUCAAUUCAAUCACAAUAUUCUUAUACUGUUGUUGAAGCACUAAUGACACAUCUUGAUAACAAUUCAAAAUCAUCACCAAAAACACGUACAUGUAUUGCUGAUACAUUAUCAAAAAUAAUAUCAAUAGCAGCUGGUGAAAGUGUUGGUCCAUCUGUUCUUGAUAUUAUAAAUUCAUUAUUAUCACAUUUACGUAUAUCUGUAACAAGAAAUCAAACAUCAACAAAUGAUGAACAGCUAUAUCAAGAGGCAUUGAUAAAUGCACUUGGUGAAUUUGCAAAUCAUUUACCGGAUUAUCAAAAAAUUGAAAUAAUGAUGUUUAUCAUGAGCAAAGUACCAUAUUGUCAACCAGAUAGAAUAAUAUCUGUUGGUAAAGGUGAUGUACUGCUACAAAGUAUAUUAUUAAAAUCAUUACUUAAAGUUGGAACAAAAUACAGAACAAUACAUCUUAAUACAACAUUUCCACCAAGUUUUUUGGAUCCAUUAUUACGUAUGUCAUUGGCUGCUGAUGCUGAAAUGCGUUUAUUAGUACAAAAAAUAUUCCACACACUUAUUGAUCGUCAUCAAAAUAUUGAAAAGCUUGAAAAGCCAUCAAUUAACAUGUUAGAGCUUGAUUUAGUUAUUGAAAAAUCAUCUGGACCAGAUGUUAUAUUUAUACGUAAACAUGGUCCAGAAAUAUACUCAGCACUUUAUGAAUCUCUUGAGUUGUCAAGUAAUAAUGUUGAUAAUAUUGAAGCAAUAUAUACAACACUUGCAUUAUUAGCUGUUGAGCUAGCAUCAGAAGAUACAAUACUUGAACAAUUACGUCUUGUACUUAGUCUACAAGAUUUAGCAUUGACUAAUAAUCAAUUAAGUACAUCAAUUAAAUUUAAUUUACAUGCUAUUGUUAUUAGUUUAUUGGUGCUGAUAUCAAAUGUUUGUAAUAUUAAUUCAUUGAUUGAUUAUAGUAAAAAAUUAAUUGAAUCAAGAAAACGUGAUAGUCCACAUUUAUUACCAAAAUUAAGAGCUCAAUAUGAUACUAACUUACCAAAUAAAAUACCAGCAUUUUUACUUGUUGAUCAAUCAAUUGUUACUGAAUGUCUUAAAACAUCUGGACUUGAUCCAUUAAAAUUACAACACAGUAAUGUUUAUAGUCAUUGUUCAUUGUACAGUAGUAUUCAUAGAAAUUCUUGGGUAGAAACUGCUGGUAGAAAUUCAAUAGCAGACAUUAGCUCAUCAAAUAAUGAACUUGAUUCUGGUAAUUCAUCACCUGGUGUUGAGAAAAAAAUAACAACUCAAGAGUUUACAUUUGAAAGUAUGAAAAAAAUAUUAACUGAUUGUGCUAAUGAUCAAUUAGUUGAAGAUGAAAAACGUUUAAAAUUAUCAGAAGUAUUUAGAACAGCUCCUUUUGAUGAACUUGUUACUAAAACACAACCAAAACAUGAAGUUUUACAAAAUAAAUUAUCAGAUAUAUUUAAUUCAUUGACUAUUGAACCGAGAAAUUUAUCACAAGGAGUUCAAAUUGUUGAUGCUAAAUCUAAUCAACAAAUUCCAGCCUAUGAAGUACAUUUUCCUGAACUAUUUGUCUAUUAAAUUUAAUAUAUUUUCUUAUUAUUUAUUUAUAUUUUUUUUUUUUUUGUUUAUUUACAUAUUUGCAUUUUGAAAAUAACAACUACUAAUUAUUCGUUCGUUUGUUUAUAUAUAAAAAAAUGCACAAUGCAAUAUUUUUAUAAUCAAUUAUUUAUCCUUUUUUUUUAUUUAACUGACAAUUGUUUAUAUGAAAACAAAAUUAAUAAAUCAAAUAUUUAUACGUGUACUAGAUAUUACUAAUUAUGAAAAAAUAAAAAUAUUGUUAUUUGGAAAUGAUGGCUAAAAAAAAAUAAUUCAAUUAUUAAUAAAUUAAUUAAACAGUUUU